AUGUCGGACGAGGACGACGAGGACGCGAGGGCGGGGGCGAGGGACACGCUCGUGGCGUACGGCCCGAGCCUGAUGAACUUCCGCGCCGAGGCGGACGCGGUCCGAGCCGAAGCCAUCAGAGCCCGCCUCGCGGCCGCGGCGACGCGCCCGCCUCCGGUGGAAACCCCGGACGCGUCCUCCGGCGUCCUCCCGCCGCGACGCGCGAUGCUCCUCCUGGAGGAGCUCUUCAGAGACCACCCCGGGUCGCUCGCGCGCGAGCGAUGCCGCGACGAGGUCUUCGCGAGGGACGAGGACGAGUCCGUGCGCGACCUCGUGUACGGCGAGUUCGGGUUCAUGUCCCUCGUCGCGUUCUUCGAGACGCACCGCGCGCGGAUACCCCGCGAGGGCGCCAAGCUCGUCGACCUCGGCGCCGGCGUCGGCAGGCCCGCGUUCGCCGCGGCGACGUUGCACCCGUUCGAGUCGUGCGUCGGGAUCGAGUGCCUCAGAGGCCUGCACGCGCUCGGCGCGGAGCUCGUGUCCUUGUACGACGCGGAGUGCGCGCCGGCGAUCGCCGCGGCGAUGCGCGCGCACGCGGUCGCGAGCGGGACGCUGCCGAUGGACGACGACGACGACGAGGACGGCGGCGGCGGCGCGCGCGCGCCGCGCGUGAGAAUGAUCCGAGGGGAUUUCUUAGACGACGACGGCUGGGGCGACGCGGACGUCGUGCUGAUAAACUCGUGCUGCUUCUCCGAGCAGCUCUUCGCGAAGAUCGAAGCGCGCGCGAUGGAGCUGCUGCGACCGGGCGCGCUCGCGGUGACGCUGCGACAGCGGUUCGUGGACGUGACGAAUCCGGACGACAAGACGGAGGGAGCCGUCGGCGAAUGUUGGACGCUGCUCGAGGCGCGCGAGCGACGCAUGUCGUGGGGGCCGUCGAUGAUGUACGUGUACGCGCGCACGGACGCGCCCGCGCCGCCGUACGAGUACAUCCGGUUUCCGAAGUCGCCGAAGCGAGAGGCGGCGGCGGCGAACGGAGAAGCGGCGUCGAGGUCGCCGCUCUCGAGCCCGCUGAAGUCGCCGCCGAAGUCGCCGCCGGCGAGUCCGGCGGUGGCGCGGUUGCAGAGGAAACUCGAGGCGUCGUCGUCGGACGACGAGGAGAAGACUGUCGCGAACGUGAAGGCUAUGAAUAAGCUCACGGUGGACGACGUAGUAGCGAGCGAUAGCGACUAG